AUGUCCUCGCCGGCGCCGCCAAUUGCCCCGGCCAUGGCCUCGCCGACGCCGCCAGUCGCCGAAUGUCCGACACCGUCCUCGCUCCUGGCCCUUCCGGAUGUGAACCUGGAGGAUAUAUUCCUCCGCCUGCCCACACCGGCGGCGCUCGCCCGCGCCUCCCUCGCCUGCGCCGCCUUCCGCCGCAUCAUCACCGAGCGCUCUUUCCUCCGCCGCUUCCGCAAACUCCACCCGCCUCCCCUCCUCGGCAUCAUCGACGACGAAGGUGUCUUCGUGCCCACCGAGGCGCCCCACCCUUCCGCCCCGCUCUCCCGUGCUCUUGUCCAAGGGGCUGAUUUCACCUACUCCUUCGUCCCAAAGCCACUCGGUAAAAAUCACACAAUCUGGUCUCCCUGCGACGUCCGCGACGGCCGCGUCCUCCUCGAGCACCGCCGGUCUGGAGCUCACACUUUCUUCACAGACCUGGCGGUGUGCGACCCCCUGUCGCGGAGGUACCUGCUGCUCCCACCCAUUCCUGAGGAUAUGACGAUCGAGCAAGAGCGCCUCGAUGAAUUGCGGCAUUUCCUCAUUCCCAUUCGCGAGAAUGAAGAUGAGACAUCGCUCAAGGUGAUCUGUCUGGCAUAUUACAGAAGCAAGUUGGUCACAUUCAUCUUCUCUUCUGUCACGGGACAAUGGUGUAUAGCUGCGACUACCAGCUGGAGUUCUUUGGGCGUAGUUGACCCCUUCAGGAGAUUGUUCUCCUGUUUUAACUACUUUCGCGGCUGCUUCUACUGGUCCUUGGAUUGGGAGCACAAGCUGCUUGUGCUGGACACACACAGGAUGGCGUUUUCCACUCUCAGUAUUCAUCAUCCUGCCUACUAUAUGAAGUUUAUAGGUCAGCCUGAACACAUCAGAUGCAUGCCUACUGUUGUCGAGGAUAGAAAAGGAGCCCUUGAAGUGUUUAAUCUUGUCGGUGAUCCUUUUGAAUCUACCCCGUUUGAUCUCACCGGUGGUCCUUACAAUCUUACCCCAUUUUACAUCUAUCAUACCUUUCGACAAAAAGGAGAAUCUUCCAGUGAAUGGCAGCUGUUAAAUGUUAUGGAGUUGCCUCGCGGAUAUUGUUAUUAUACUGUGGGUGCAGCUGAGGGGUUCUUAUUCCUUGGAGCUGGAGGGAUUGGGAAAACUCAGCCGGAUGAUUGGGGUGCAGAUGUUUUUUCGCUGGAGGUCAAGACUUCUCAACUUAAGAAGGUCUGUAGAGCAACAAACGUCACUGUCUUUUGUUUUCAGUCUUACUUCGGCUUCCCACCAUCAUUGUCAACACCGAGUCUAUGA